UAAAUCUUGACAGCUUUCGAUGAGGCAUCGCUCAAGAAUGAACUAGAAUUGUUGGGCCACGAGUUGGCCAAUCAGCAACAAAGAAACGUGGCUUGAGAGCAGACCACGCCCUCCGGGGGGCUCCAAUAAGAAGGGAGGAGCUCGCGUUGUAUCGGCGCGUGAACAGAGAACGAAGCACACCUGUUGGGCAGCUGCAGGUGAGCCGGGAGUUUGGAUACUGGUAAUUUGACAGACCAAAAGGAUUUUUGGCGAGUGGCAGCGGUAGCGAAACGUAAAUUGCAAGAAUCUUGUCUGAAAAUGGAAUUUGAUCAAAUAAAGUCCUCAGCUGCACUCAUGUACGAUGAGUUCAUCCAAAAUGCAGACCGGCGGACAGACACCUGGUUCCUUAUGUCCUCUCCUCUCCCCCAAACAAUCGUCAUCGCAGCGUACAUUUACUUUGUCACAUCGCUGGGGCCUCGGAUGAUGCAGAACCGCAAAGCCUUCGACCUCAAAGGAGUUCUAAUCGUCUACAACUUUGGCGUGGUGGCUCUCUCGCUCUACAUGUGCUAUGAGUUUGUGAUGUCCGGAUGGGGAACCGGAUACUCUUUUCACUGUGACCCGGUCGACUACUCUGAUUCUCCACAGGCUUUGAGGAUGGCGUCAACAUGCUGGCUUUACUACUUCUCAAAGUUCAUUGAGAUGUUGGACACGAUCUUCUUUGUGCUGAGAAAGAAGAAUAGCCAGGUGACAUUUCUUCAUCUCUUUCAUCACUCAAUCAUGCCCUUCACCUGGUGGUUUGGAGUUCGGUUUUCUGCAGGUGGGAUGGGGACAUUUCACGCCCUGCUUAACUGUAUCGUCCAUGUUAUCAUGUACUCUUACUACGGCCUGACUGCUUUGGGUCCAAACUACCAGAAGUACCUUUGGUGGAAAAAAUACCUGACUACCAUUCAGCUGAUCCAGUUUGUUAUGGUGACAAGCCACAUCUCCCAGUAUUUCUUCACAAAGCACUGCGCCUACCAGUUCCCCAUCUUUGUCUACAUCAUCGGCUCGUACGGCCUGAUUUUCCUGUUCCUCUUCCUCAACUUCUGGUACCACGCCUACACCAAGGGCAAGAGGCUGCCUAAAGUACUGCAGAAUCAGACAUGGGCACACCACAGCAAUGGAGUUAUGAAUGGAAACGCCAGUCAUGAAAAAGAUGAGUGAUGCAGGUUGGGGGGGUAGGGGGGAUUGACCUCAUUUAUGUAAGCAAACUACUGCAGUGGGACUCAACCCCGUUAGUUUGGACUGUAUUUUCUGUUUUCUACUUGCAAAGACAAUCUUUAAUGACCAAAGCUCUAUUUAAGAGGUUUAUUGACUCAAGCUGAAGGGUUUUAUCUUGUAUAUAUUUUGUUUGUUUACAAUGAAGGUAAAGCCCAAGUUCUGCUAUGAAGUUUCCAAAUAUCCCUCCUUUCUGUUACAGUAUGGUUUAAAAAAAAUUUCAAGUGUCCGAAAUCGACUCCACUAUUCACACUGACUAUAGGGCUUUACCUAUGGUAAGACUGAGGGACCCUCGGCUAUACGGUCAAACAUGGCUUCCUCAAAAAGCUUCUGAUGAUAUCGUUUUAACUUUUGUGACUUGAUCUUACUUAAGACUUUUCAGGAAAUCCAGUUUAGGGUUGUUUUUUUUAAAGUUAUGCACUGAAAAGUUGUUUUUCACCUGACCAAAAAAAAAUUACUUUGACCGUUCCAAGUCAAUACUUUUUAAAAUGGUGUUCAGGCUACACGUGUCUUUGUUAAAUGGUUGCAUGCAUGCAUUCUUUUAGUAGUUUUGAUCACAUAGUCACACCCACUUCUCUAGUCACAACUGUUGCUGAUGGUAUGGACAUUCAGUGAAAAGGGCUAUCUUUAUACAGUAGAAUACUUUUGUUCUCCUGAUUUUAGUAGUUCUCCUAUGAAGCGAUGAUGUGACGAGGAAGGCUGAUGGGCCACUGUGGUUCUUGUAGGAUCCAGAGCUGGAGUUUUACUACUUCCUUAUUGCAAAAUUACACUGUAUUAUAGAACCGCAGUAUGCAUAUUUACAUGGAUUUACUAUUUAGCCAACCAGUCGGAAAACGUUAAAGUAUUUUUACUUCAUGUGUUUGAAGUUCUGUGGCUAAAGAGGUCUUCAGGCAGCUGGAGUCAGGUUGUGCCUUUAGACUGAGAUCUGUGGAGUAGUUUAUUAUGAUCUUAAGUGAGAAAAGUGAAUGUAACACUAUGCUCCUUUGGUGACUGAGGACACAGGAUUGAGCUCGAUGUGGAAAGAGUUCCACCUUUUAUUCAGGUGCAAGCCCAUGUUGACACUAAAGAUUUACAAAUGUACAAAUGGGGGUGAACUUUUUUUCAGAUCCCUUAUUAUACCAAUAGUUAAUACUGUAAGAAAUUGUAUCAAAUGUCUAUUUUAUAUGUAUUUAUAUGACAAUAAAUGGUCAAAUGUA